CAGAGCAACGAGAGAGGAGGCACAGGGUGUGAAGUCAGGCUCUCAGGGGCGAGAAGGAAGCUGUCCAAAGCCAGCUGGUCUGGCUUUGAAGUAAGAGAGUGAGAGAGAGAGAGAGAGAGAGAGAGAGAGAGAGAGCACUGGAUGUCAUACAGCACUGCGAGCUCCAUCAAUACCAGCAGGUUCUGUGAAGGCAUUUGUACGACCAGAGGAACAGGAGUGUCGAGGCAGUGAAUGCAGGAAGCAUUUGGGAAUAAGGAGAGAACAGAGAAGGAAGAGGCAGGCCGCUGGACACUUCUGAUCCCGUGCAAAGGAUUUGGUUGUCUUCAUUGCUGGAUCUUGGAGUGGUAAACUAGGACAGCCGAGAGGAGCGUGUACAAUGUGCUAGGAGAGCGAAAACGGACAAGUUUGGGUGUUUUAUUUCUGCUAUAGUGGAGUGUCAGAGUGAAAGGAGGAAAGUGAAAAUGGGGCGGAAGAAGAUACAGAUCACGCGGAUCAUGGACGAACGGAACAGACAGGUGACGUUUACGAAGAGGAAGUUUGGGUUAAUGAAGAAGGCUUAUGAACUGAGCGUUCUGUGUGACUGUGAGAUCGCUCUGAUCAUUUUUAACAGUUCGAACAAACUCUUUCAGUAUGCAAGCACUGACAUGGACAAAGUCCUACUGAAGUACACAGAGUACAACGAGCCACACGAGAGCAGGACCAACUCCGACAUCGUGGAGAAAUUAAGAAACAAAGGCCUUAGUGACUGUGCCAGUCCUGACCCCGAAGACUGUUUUGGGCACAGCCCCCUCGUGGACGACCGAUACAGCAAACUUAACGAAGAGACUGGUUUAAUGUACAAGCGCUGUGCUGCGCUAAACAAGAAAGAACACAGAGGCUGUGAUAGCCCGGACCCCGAUGCUUCAUAUGUCCUCACCCCCCACACAGAAGAAAAAUAUAAAAAAAUUAAUGAGGAGUUUGAUAAUAUGAUGAGAAAUCAUAAAAUCCCGUCUACUUUGCCGCAGCAGAACUUCUCCAUGCACGUGGCCGUGCCGGUGACAAACCCAAACGUCUUGUCCUACAGCAACCCCGGGAUCUCCCUAGGAAGCCAGGCCCCCGUAUCGCUAGCUGACAGCGGCAUGCUGUCUCCUCCCCAGGGGUCACUGCACAGGAACGUCGUGCCUCCAGGAGCCCCUCAGAGACCCCCCAGCACUGGCAGCGCAGGUAACGGCUAUGUGAACUCGCGUGGCUCUCCCGGCCUCAUGGGCAGCCCGAGCGGGAACGGGCUUGGCAAGGUUAUGCCCGCAAAGUCUCCGCCCCCUCCCGGGGGGAACCUGGGCAUGGGCAGCCGCAAGCCGGACCUGCAUGUGGUCAUCCCUCCGUCCAGCAAGGGCAUGAUGCCCCCACUGUCGGAGGAGGAGGAAAUGGAUUUGGUGAGUCUGGAAAGCGCUUGGAGAGAGAGAGAGAAUAAUGCCCAGAGGAUAAGCAGCUCCCAAUCGCAGCCGCUUGCCACCCCGGUGGUGUCAGUCACUACCCCCAGCCUGCCCCCUCAAGGCCUUGUCUACUCAGCCAUGCCUACUGCAUACAACACUGAUUACUCGCUGAGCAGUGCAGACCUGUCUGUCUUGCAGGGGUUCAGCUCCCCGGUGGGGCUGUCUCUCAACUCUGUCUCCUCCUGGCAGCACCACCACCUGGGACAGGCGACUCUCAGCUCACUGGCGUCUGGCAGCCACUUACCUCAGGGUUCCAACCUCUCCAUCAACACCAACCAGAACAUCAACAUCAAGUCUGAGCCCAUCUCACCCCCUCGGGACCGCGUCCCCCCGUCGGGCUUCGGGCCGCAGCCGCCCCCGUCGCGCCAGGACAUGGGCCGCUCACCUGCCGACAGCCUCAGCUCCUCCAGCAGCUCGUACGACGGCAGCGACCGUGAGGACCUGCGCACCGACUUCCAGCCGUCAAUGGGGCUGGGGAGGCCUCCUGCUGGCGGGGAGGACCGAGAGAGCCCCUCAGUGAAGCGCAUGCGCAUGGAGAACUGGGUGACAUAAAACCCAGGAGCUGUCCCGCUGCUCCAUACGCUGCUCACAGUCAAGAUGGGGAGGGGGGGAGGGGUUUCAGGGGCUUUAUCUUAUUUUAUAACUCGAGAGAGAGAGAGAGAGAGGGAGAGAGGGAGAGGGAGAGCCAAAGCCAGAGCGAGAGGGAGAUGGAGAGGGAGAGGGAGAGGGAGAAGGAGAGGGAGAGGGAAAAUGUCCUGACAUAUCUAAAUUAAUUUACACACACACACACACCAAAAAAUGCAGAGUAGAUGAAAUUAUACAUGGAGUGAUAUACAAAUGUUAUCAGGUACUUGGUGCAAAUUAAUCGUACAUUUGCAGAAGUCCCACAUUAAUUAAAAAAAAAACAAGUAAACAAAACAAGCUCGACCAUUGUAGUCACUGGUGCAGUCUGACACUUACCUGUUCUUGCUGUUUUUAUAUUAUUUCUAUCAGCUGUUUGCAAGAGAAACCAACACACAGGGAAGAAUAGGCACACCCACAAUCUGAUUGCUCUUGCUUGCUGAAACCAACAGUGGGGUCACCCUGCUAAAUUUGGUGCUGUCCCAAAAUUUGUUUUAGAAAGGAAAGUUAUACAUUUGGUAUUUUGUAGUAAUGCUUUGAGGUGUGGAGCUACCAAAAGGACUAGACGGGAUUGAGCAAUACUGUACAUAGAAGAUAAAGAGGAUUAGGAGGUUCAUUUCCCUAAAAGGAAUGGGUUUCCUCAGUUUGGAUAUAGCUGGUGUUGCCGUGUUUUGGGGAUGCAUGUGCAAAAGAAUAAAACGAAUACGUGCUUCAUCCAGUCAGAGAAAGAUGCACAAGGAAGCGGCAUGAGUCAAAUGAAUAUAUUAGCUUAGGAAAAUAAAGCAUUAAGAGAAAUAAUAUAUUGAGUUAUAAUUGGAAAUAGGGUUGAAAAAGAAGUUCAUACCUUAAAAUGAUAUUUAAAAAAAAAAUGAAAUAAUGAGACAUAUAUUUUUAUUAAAUGAGACCUACAGUGGUAGCUCCCAUUUGAAUUGAUAACAAUACAUACAUACAUACAUAUAUAUAUCUAUAUAUAUAAAUUGAAAUACUUCUAAACACUUUCAGCUAGGAAUUAUUUAUACAAGCCAAAGCUGUAUGUUGAUGUUUUUAUUUUCUAGGUAUGGGUUUUAAUUUGUUAUUUGGAACUUCUCUUUUUUUUCAUUUUCUUUUAAAGGAAAAACUAAAAAACUAAAUGCAAGCAAGACCUUGAAACGAAGACAAAAGCCAUGAGCACUCGCUGUUCUGUUUGUAAAUUUGAGCCAAACGUUUUUUUGUUUGUGUACAUAGCAACUUUAAUAUAUAUCACCUUUGGUGUAAGUACGUAUGUAUUGUACCUUCACCAGAAAAAAAAAAAAAAAAAGUCUAUUUUUGUGGAUUAGCGCCAAGUUGACAAGGCGACGUCCUUAUUAAGUAGAGUAUUCACUGGUUAAUAUUUACUAUUUUGUUAAAUAUGCUGUACUUUCUUCAAAUUUGAAUUCUUCUUCUUAUUGUUAAUAUCCAGAGUUUUCAGAGGGUAGUUUCUGGGUCGUUCUCCCUUUAAUGGUGGUGAAUGUGUGUCCUUUAAAAUUUGUAAAACAGUGCUGUAUGGUAAAGCUUCACUGUAUCUUUUUGUAAAGAAAAAAAAAUACAAAGCAAAAAGAAAAUCUGGUUCCAGUUCUAACUGUGGAAUUCUGUCGUGUGUGUGUGUGUGUAUAUAUAUAUGUGUGUGUAUAUAUAAUAUACACACACACACACACACACAGUCGCUGGAGCAUUGAGAUGAAGCUGCUGAACAAGCUGUCUACUUUAAAACCUUGAAUAAUCCUUUUAUUGAAAAAAAAAAACUUUUUUGUUUACAGUUUUAACUAUUUAAUUACAAUAUUUUACAUCUUUUGCUCCUGUCUUUUUAUAAAUAAAUAAAUAAAUAAUCAAGUCCCUUUUAAGGUGAUAAAGUAGCAGCAACUUCAGUAGCAAAAAAAUUAAAAAGAAAUGUGAAUUCAUUUCUGGAUUUCGCAUGCACCUGUACAUGAGGUUUGCUGUACAACUUUUUGAAGGAGUUUCCCCUUUGCAUUUGCUGUCUAUUUCCUUGUGUGCCUUUUUCAAGAUCCAUAGGCAUCGCUCCUCCCAGCCACUGAACGUGACUCUAAACUAAUAAUCUAUGCAGUGUCUGGAUAGUGCACUAAAGACCAUCCAUUUCCCAAACAAUUACACUGUAGUGUAGAAGAACACACACUGCUAAUCAUCACAUCAAGGACACCCUCACACACACAGCACUGUAGUGUAGAACACACACCUCUAAUCAUCACAUCAAGGACACCCUCACACACACAGCACUGUAGUGUAGAACACACACCUCUAAUCAUCACAUCAAGGACACCCUCACACACACAGCACUGUAGUGUAGAACACACACCUCUAAUCAUCACAUCAAGGACACCCUCACACACACAGCACUGUAGUGUAGAACACACACCUCUAAUCAUCACAUCAAGGACACCCUCACACACACAGCACUGUAGUGUAGAACACACACCUCUAAUCAUCACAUCAAGGACACCCUCACACACACAGCACUGUAGUGUAGAACACACACCUCUAAUCAUCACAUCAAGGACACCCUCACACACACAGCACUGUAGUGUAGAACACACACUGCUAAUCAUCACAUCAAGGACACCCUCACACACACAUCACAUCAUUCCAAGUUUACUCAGUUCUUAGUGAAUUGAUAUUAUGACUGUUAACACUGAAGUGCUCACCAGUGUUUAUUGGACUGGGAUGCCCGCAGAUGUAGUUUUGAACUGCAAUCGAUGUCAGCCACUGCACCAGUUAAGCACAAGAAACACUAACCUAUGGCAUACCUUGCAAAAUCGUUUCAAGGGCUUUCUGAAUGGGUUUGCUGGAAAGCUGUGUUUUAGCCAUUUCGUUUGCCCUCUAUUAUCCCUUUGGCAGCCUAAACACAUGUACAGUAUAGCCUCUUGAAAUAUGCAGUGCCCCAGUAAUACUGUUCUUUAUAGUCCUUCAAGCUGCAGAGCUCUGCUUGUUACUGCAGCUUCAAUUAAAGCUGACUGUUGCUCAGGAUUGUGGAACUGCCUUUAAUUUCAUGCAGUUCCACCAGCAAACUGUCCUCAGCUUAUACAGCACUCAAGCUUAUGCCAGACCUCACUGUUGGAACAUAUGUACAGUUAGCAUUUAAAAAAAGAGAAAACCCAUCUAUGAUACAAGCUUCAAAAACAGCAACUGAAUUGCAAUAAGGGUUUCUAAUGGACAAGGCAGCCCCUGUUAAAGCCAGUUUUUAGAUAUAUUGUAAUAGUGACCUAUUUACUCAAGGAUCUGAUAAGUGCACAGAAUACAGGUAGCUCUCCCCCUUCCCUUCUUACUGUGUUGUGUGCACACAAGAAAUACAUAGUAAAUAUAAAGAAAUAUAUUGAGAUAUAUAACUAAAGCUCCUUGGGUCUGGAUGCUAUUUAUGGAAAAAUAAAAAGUGCAUAAAACAAUGAAUGUGAAAGAAAGGGAUUUGAAAAAAAGAGCCGUUUGUAGAAAACUUUCUUCACUUUGCUGUGCAAGAGUACACUGCUUUGCUUCUGGGUUUUUUCAAACAGAACUGUGUAUUUGGUAAUUGUUUGUAGUUAAUAGUUCACUCAGAAAGCUGUUUGCGGUUUGAAGGUUCAGACCGUUUGGCGGCACAAGCUGGACUUUGUUGCCAUGGAGAUGAAACAAGACGUUUCAGAAUCAAGAGAGAAUAUUAAGUUAACCUGCGUUUUAUUUUCCCUGAAUGUGUUGUUUUAUCUUCAUUAUACAAUAAAUAUUCUAGUGAACUUUUUAUCGAAUGACUUAAGAUAUUAUGCUAGAGAUUGUUGUACAAAUUUGUAUCCUGCAUUCACUAAGUAAAGAUAUUGGCUUUUAUUGUGUA